CCCUUUAAUUAGGCCAGCCUGGGAGUUGCUCAGUGCCUUUACUUCUGGCACUGAGGAAGCAGAGAUGUAGCUGCUACAGCAGCAGCACCACCACCACCACCAUCAUCAUCUAGAAAGCCAGUACUAGAGAGAGUCUGCAGCAGAGAGGGAGCGAGUAUGUAUAGGCAAGCAGUCGCACAGGAAAACAGGGCACUUGCCAGUUUUCCUCUUGGAAGAGAAAAAGAGAGCGCAGAGAUUGGAAAAAACUAAGCUGCUGGUGAAUCCUAAUGGAAGGAGGAGUCCAUUUAGAAAUGUGCUGAUUCUUUUUUCAUCCCUAUGAAUUCUUCCCAAAUUGGGCUGCUUGAGACUGCAGAGUGUGUGUGUGUCAUUCCUUAGCUCCGGGUAGUGGGACUUUCUAGUUCCGCCAGAAGACCAUGCCAGGUUUGUACUGCCUGCCAGCCUGGACUGCCCUUCCGCUACAGAGUUCGUGUGUCAAAGCCUGUGCCAAUGGCUAUUCCCUGGGCCUCACUGCCCACCUCACUUACAUCAACUUGGAGCAGCAGCCUGUGGAUGGAGUAUUUGUUUACCCACUGGAGGAGUCAGAAGUGGUCUCAAGCUUUGAAGCCACCACGGGAAGCAGGGCCUCCACUUUCCAGAUCCAGAACCGGCCUCGGAUGGAGGAGUGCUGCCUUGACUGCAAUGCCAGCUGGAACCAGCCACUCCGCUGCACCAACGGUCACUUAGUCCUUGAUGAAGACUUGGCCCAUUCCACGUUCAUCAUCGGCACCGGCCCCAUUGGGCCCUCGGAGACCUUGACUGUGACCCUAAGCAGCAGUCAGGAGCUGGCCACACUUCCAAACGGGGCGCUGCAUGUCCUCUUCCCAUCCAUUCUCAUGCCCUUCAUCGAUACCAACCCCGAAAGUGAAAGUGAGGCAAGAGGCUUGUGUGACGACAGGUUGGCUCUAUGCUCCACCAGCUGCUUUGGAUCUGCCAGUAUGAAGAGUGAGCAGUCAUUCCUGGUGCCACCCAAGGAGACCGACGUCUUUCGGGGAGAGGUUUACAAUCCUUUUCCCUACGAGUUCACCUUUGAGAUGCUGGUUAAGGGGCCCUGUUUGCUGGCAGGACUGGAGAGCCCAUCCCAUGCCCUUCGAGCUGAUGCGAAUCCAUUUGCAAGCUCUGCCUCAACGAUAUGCAUUACGUUGGCAGAGCAGCACACAUGUGAUCGGAACCUGGAGAUUAUCUUGUAUCCAUGUGAACCACAUUAUCCACACCUCAUCAUUGAAGAGGGUGCCAUGACGUAUCAUGAGUAUGAGACACACAUCAGGAACCGGCGGGAUUACGCUCGUAUUGCCAAGAAAGACAAUGAUGGGGAGAGACAGGUGUCCUUUGUCCAGAAAAGAUUCCACAAAGACAUUUUCCACAAUCCUGUCCUGAUGCUGAAUUUCUGCCCUGAGAUGGGCAGCGUUUCCACCGAUUUCCACACUGUCUCUCGGGAAAUAUUCUUCCUCAUUGACCGGAGCGGCAGCCUAAAUGACCUCUGCCUUGAUGGCAUCAAGGACGCUCUCUUGGUGGCUGUGAAAAGUCUCCCUUCUGGCACCUUGUUGAAUGUUGCUGGCUUUGGCUCCAGCAUCAAGCCUCUCUUCUCCGCAAGCAAGCCCUGCAAUAACGAGACUCUCAGGAUGGCCUGCGAAUACAUCCGGAAGUUACGGACAGACUUGGGCGGACCCAACCUCCUGGCUGCUCUGACCUGGAUCUUGGGGCAGCCUCUUCAACGCGGGUUCCCACGGCAGCUCUUCCUCUUCACGGACAGCGGUGCUGGAAACACAGGCAGAAUCAUUGAGCUAGUCAGGAGGCAGGCAGCCACUGUCAGGUGUUUCACCUUUGGCCUGGGCUCUGGGGCCUGCCAUAGACUCCUGCAAGGAUUGGCCAAAGUCAGCAGAGGUCGAGCUGAAUUCCUAAAUCCUGGAGAAAGACUGCAACCCAAGCUGAUCAAGUCUUUGAAGAAGGCCAUUGAGCCUGCCGUGAGCGACAUCACGAUCGACUGGUAUGUCCCGGACACCAUGGAGGCCCUGCUGUCCCCCAACGAGAUUGCAGUCCUAUAUCCAGGAGACCGUCUCAUCAGCUACUGCACCCUUUACCACAUUGCCAGCUUCCGAGACAAGAAGCCAACAGGCAGAGAACAGGUGUGUCGGAGUCUCUCUCGGGGCUCUGCAGGUUCAGUGUUCCCGUCCCAGGACGAAGCGCUCGGGCAGGAAGAGGCCCAGCCACAGCCGGUUGGGGAGAGUCCAGACAUCUGUAAAGCCCUCCAUGAAAUUUCUCGUGAGAUAUCUCUGGAGUUCUCUGCUGGGGGCACUGAAGAGUCUCUGAAAAGUGAGUACACCUAUGGGUCUGGAGUAGCAGAAAACAAGCAUGCUCCACCUGCAACAUCAUAUACUUUCAGUCACCCCAAUCCCUUCUCCCUGGCAGGUGGGGAUCUUGUGUCUGGCGGAGACAUUUGGAAACGGAUCUACCAGCCCUCCUACAUCCAGGAGCAGUAUGUGCUCACUCACUGCUCUGUCAGCACCGACCAGAGCCAGGGCUUGUUCUCUCACAGCUCCACCAGCAGCGAAUCCACGGGUUCCAGGGAUGUUCCUCCAGAGGGAAGCUCCUUAGCCCUUGAGAACAGCUCUCAGCAAGGCCAGAAGAGUGUCUCCCUCUGCAAUUCCUCCACCAAAUCCGCCCCACUCCCCCAGGAUAAGACUGGUGCUGGUACUAAGGUGUCGGUGGCUGCAAGCUCUGAGGAGCUGGUACGGAAGAAGAAGGCCCUGGCCCGCGCUGCCCUGUGUGGUCGCAGCUUCUCUUCCCCGCAUGGUGAGCUGGACGCCCAUCGGCUGCGCCGGGCCUUGGAGAAAGUGUCCAAGAAACGCAACCGCUCCGUGGAAGGAAAACUCGAUGAGAUUGGGCCGGAGCUCCAGAAGAUGCCCAAGGGCAUUGUGGAUUCAAGCAACAUGCUGUCACCUGCCAACUUGGACUGGGACAUGCUUUUGGAGCCUCCAUAUCUUUUCAGCCCAUCACCAGCAGCCAUCGAACCAGGAGAGAGUGAGGGCAGCUCUUGGCCACCCCUCCGGUGCCAAGUGGUGAUCCAUGCGCUCAGUGCAGGAAAGCCAGUCUCCUGGGAAGUGACCGUUGCCUUGGAUUCUCUCCUCCUUGCCAAAGAUAGCCAAGAGCCGUCCCAGAAGCAAGAGCAGAGCAAAGCCUGGGAUAAACUGCUCCACCGCUUGACUGCUGGCUCCGUCAUCCGGGACAAUGAGAAUGUGGCCCAGAGAGAAGCUGAGCUGGAGCAUGGUAAGCCCGCUUUUCUUCUCCAGGUCUCUGCACGGCUAGAGCCAGCAACUACUUUUACUGUAGGACUGCCUUUCAGAAGUGGAUGUGUGAUUUCUACAAUGGUGUGGGGCAUACACAUCCUAUGCUGUCUCCUAAGCCCUAACUUGUGUUUCUUGUUUGCCUUUCUAGGUGUUGAUUCCAGUCCAUCACCUGCCUCAGUAGGCUCUCAGAAGUCAGUGGAGAACUUUUUAGGCUCCAGAUUCAGCGUUAGCCGGCGAAGGGGACCAGGCCUGGCUUUGCGUCCGCAGUGUCUGACUCCUGAAAGUGAGCUCUCGCCUUGUGACAGUGCCAUCCAUGACUACCUCCCUCUGAUGAAGCUCCAGCAAGCAGCAGGCAUGUUCCAGCUGACAGAGAGCUUUGCGGAGGUGGUUCAGAUUCCCUUGGACCGCUUGCGCCGGGCCUCUCCCUACGCCUCUCAUCGCGCCAGCCUCAGCCCUGCCUCCAGCACUUCUCCAUGGGCCCUGAUUGCCAAAACCACUCCAAAACCAUCAGAAAACCAGUUGUCAAUGAACGGUGGAGAAGAGAUGAACGUUGGGAUGGGCAAGGAGGGAGCAAUGCGGUCGUGCUCGCUUCACUCGCAGAGCACAUGCUCUGAGGUCCCGAGUGCUGCCGUGUGGGCACAGGCCGACAGUGGACGCGGCUCGGAGACGGACGCCUGCGACCAUUCCCCUGAUGCCUCGGAAGCCAGCAUUAGCCUGCCGGAGAUCGGCUUGGAGCUGGAAGACGCCGACUUGGAGAGCAUGAGUUGGGCCACAGCGGUGGCGCUUGCGUGGCUGGAGCACCGCUCUGCUGGGUUUUUCGUGGAGUGGGAGCUGCUAGCGGCCAAGGCUGAUUCCUGGUUGCGGUUACAGCAGCUGCCGGAAGGGGUAGAUGUCGCGGCACUUAAAGGGGCGGCACGGCAGCUCUUCCUGCUACUCCGCCACUGGGAUGAAAACAUCAAACUGAACAUGCUGUGUUACAACCCAAACAACAUGUGAAGGAAGGGACCGAGCAGGCUGGGCCUUAGGCUUUAGUUGCCAAUAAAGAGGCCUUUGUUCAGAACCAGUCGUGUCAGCGUGGUCUUUCAAAGCCAAGGACUUCUGGUCUGUGCCAGCUGUUAUUUUUCUUAAGUGACACCUUGAAGACAAACUCGAUUGCUAGCUCUGUUGCAGAGAACCAGGACCAUUCUCCAUUUCACUACAGAUUAUUCAUCUCUGAAACUCUCUUUAUCAAAUUUGUUUGUAGUAUCAGGCCAACUACAUUCCAUGGAAAUCUGGAAUUCUUUGAAGAAGGAUUUUUUUUCAUGUCAGGAACAACUUGAGAAACUGCUUCUGGUGUGAGAGAAUUGGCCAUCUGCAAGGACGUUGCCCAGGGAAUGCCCAGAUGUUUUGAUGUGCAAACCAUCCUUGCAAGAGGCUUCUUUCAUGUCCCUGCAUGGGGAGUUGGAGCUGACAGAGGGAGCUCGUCCACACUCUCCCCGGAUUCAAACCAACCUGUCGGUCUUCAGUCCUGCCAGCAUAAGAGUUUAACCCAUUGUAGCCUAUGAAGAAAGAUUAAUAACGUAGACAAAAAUGACAAUUUGCUUCGUUUCAAGGGCACCAUUUCUGCAGGCCCAAAAGUGUCACCAAAAGUUACUGAAUGGACUCUAAAUGUUUUCCCCAAAUCCUCUACAAUAGGGAGGAGCAAGGUGGAGUUCUUUAGCACCCAGUGUACAGCUGUUUGCAUGGAAUAAGUUCAAACAUUUUGGACAUAGAACAUUUUUAUAAUGUACUUAAUAUAAACAUGUGAAACUGCCUUAUAUUGAGUCAAACCAGUGCUCUCUACCUUACCGUAAAAUGCCCGUUCCAUUUGAUAACAACUCUUGAAGGUUCAAAUAAGACGUCUUUCCAAGUCCUGCUGGCUGAAACCUGGGAUCUUUUUUGUGCAAAGUAUGUGUGGAUCAUUCAACCUCUUCGCCACAGCUCAGCUCAGGUCUCAAUGGACAUAAACAGACACUUUUGUGCUUCGAAAACAUAAAACAAUCACUCCAUGACUCCCAAGAUAACCAUAUUCCAGAACUAGACUCUAUCAGCCUGCUUGGUGGUUGCCACCUUAAGGAUGAACCCUGUUUUUAAAAUGUAUUUAUGAAAACCUUAGUUAAAUUUCCCUUAGGUCACUGGUUCUCAAUCUUCCUAAUGCCACGACCCCUUAAUACAGUUCCUCAUGUUGUGGUGACCCCCAACUAUAAAAUUAUUUUAAUUGCUACUUCAUAA